UCAACGGCUUUUGAGAUACAAAAUAACGGUCCCAGUCCGCUUAGUUCCUUUCACUUAAUUGUUGAUUUUCCUAUUGGAUUCAGCGGCGGCCAAUAUAUCAGCAACUACUCAGCGCAAGCUUAUUUCAAGGACCAUGAGUAUUCUAGUUUAGAAUUCAACAAAUCUGCACCAGCGUCGCCACCAAUAUUGAACACUACCGAGAUAUUAUACUUGAAUCAUUUACCCGAAAAUCACACGACUUUUGUCAGUUGCCAAUCGACCGAAAACUCCGAAAUGUCGUGCGCCUUGAGUGAUUUACUGCUGACGAAUGCCUUGUUCCCUGGCGAGAAUAUCACAUUGUUAUUGAACUAUGAAAUGAACUGGAAAAAGGCUGAGAAACUGCUGCCAAGCAAUAGUCAAUAUUUGGCCCAUGUUGCAAUGGUGAAUUUUAGGACAGAUAUACCCCUAAAUGGUAACUUAAGUAUUAAAAAGCAUUUCAAAGGCGCCAUAUUUGUGAAGAUCGCUAAACGUAAUCUAUUCUGGAUAUAUUUGGGCGCCAUAAUUGGUGGUAUACUUUUGCUUAUUGGAAUGAUAUUGCUGCUAAGAAAGCUGGGCUUCUUCAAACGAUUGACAAAGGAGGAAAUGGAGAAGAAUUUGAUUGAAAAGCGUGAAAAGGCGCGCAUGAAGGAGGAUCUCGAUGUGUGUGUGGCCGAAAUAGAGGAUGAUUUAACCAGUUCUUAGUGGUUUUCAUGCAGUGCAAAGAUUAUUAAAAUAUUAAAUAUUAUUAAGUCAAUUGUUGAUCAUAUAUGAAGAUACACAUUUAUUCACGGUUUUUUGUUAAAUAU